AGGAGGAGGAGGAGGAGGAGGCGGCGGCGGCGGUGCAGCGGCCGAGCGCAGCGGAGAAGCGGGGCCCUGCUGGCGGUGCAGGCCUAGGGGCUCGUCCGGACCCUUCGCCCCCCCCCAGGACCUUCCCCACCUCCCCCACCGUGUCCCCACCCACCCCCCGGCCCGGACGAUGAUGAAGCUCAAGUCCAACCAGACUCGGACCUACGACGGCGACGGCUACAAGAAGCGGGCCGCCUGCCUCUGCUUCCGCACCGACAGCGAGGAGGAGGUGCUGCUGGUGAGCAGCAGUCGUCACCCCGACCGAUGGAUCGUCCCCGGGGGAGGGAUGGAACCCGAAGAGGAGCCCAGCGUGGCGGCCGUCCGGGAAGUCUGUGAAGAGGCUGGAGUGAAAGGGACAUUGGGAAGAUUAGUAGGAAUUUUUGAGAACCGGGAAAGGAAACAUAGGACGUUCGUCUAUGUGCUCAUCGUCACAGAAGUGUUGGAAGACUGGGAGGACUCAGUGAACAUUGGAAGGAAAAGGGAAUGGUUUAAGAUCGAAGACGCCAUAAAAGUGCUGCAGUAUCACAAACCGGUCCAGGCCUCCUACUUUGAAACGUUGAGGCAAGGCUGUUUGGCAAACAACGGUACCCCGGUCAUGGCCACCACGUACUCGGUUAGCAGUCACAGCCCGAUGUCAGACGUCAGAUGACUCGAGACACCUUCGGGGCGAAAACGGAAAUUGGAAAAUAAGACUGAAAUACGGAUCUCCUUCCCUCUCGCUCCUCCUCUCACCCUCCCUUCACGUGCCUCCUCUUUCACAUAAGGUCUGGGUGACAGCCCGAAGCAGAGGAAACGUGCAUUGGUGAUGUGGCUGUUCCGUGUAAAGGGCGGGGGGUGGGAGGGGGCGGGGGAGGGUUUUCUUCUCGAGGGCGGGGGGAGGCGGGUAUGUAUUUUGUAAAGUCCAUUUUGUGCAUGACGUGUCCCCUUUCCACCACCGCUACCCUCUGGAAAGAGGCAGCAGCCUUCCCCUCUGCCUUGCAUUCUGAAGUGUUCCCGUGUCUGAUCCCAGCCCUAGCCAGGGAGUUUUUUUUUCCCCCCCUUUCUUUUUCAUUUUGAUUUUUUUUUCCCUCAAUUAAAGGCUACCAGUGUGAGAUCAACUCUUAAAGUCUUAGAGUCUGUCCUGUAAUGAGCUGUUCAGACCCACAGAUAGGUCACACUGCACGUUACGUUAAUCGGCUCGAUAUGUGUGUGUGUAUAUAUAGUCAAUUAUAUAAUGCGACUAAAUGAUUUUUGAGCAGGAGGGAUUUAACUCUUUAAUUUUGCAGGAUUUUUUUACUUUCUCCCCGGAGCACUUCUGAGGAAACGAGUAUCUCAGUAAAUUGACCUGGAAUCUUCCAAGUACUUUUGUGACGGUGCUAGUGGCUGGCCAAUCGCUCUUCCCCCUCGCCCCCAACCCCGCUCCCGGUCGGUCCCACAGACCUUCCAUCAUUUUACCACCUCAGCCUGAGUGAGGGGAGGGUCUGCUGGCCAUCCGACUGCCCCGUGAUGCUCAGCCCCUCCUACCGUCUCAGCCACCGUUUCCACUUUUCCUCUCAAAGGAGACGUGAAGAAUGCCUUUAAAAUUAAAAAAAAAAUUAAAAAAUCACCCAGCCAGAAGCAAGUGACUCCCAAUCCAGAUCCAGAAACAAGAUAAGAAUGGAGACUUGAACUGGAGUUCUCGGGAUUCGAGUCUAAAGAAGCGGAGCAUCCAAGAACCGCGGCUGCCCUGCCGGUGGGGAAUCGUUUCCGAAAGGCUCCCUCUUAUUGCCGAUGGGUCUCUUUCCCUGUCCGGAUGCCUUGCCCUGGGCCCAAGUUAAUAUCGUAGUGGAGUUAAGGCAUCGAGACUGUCCUUGCCCGAGUCCGGUGCCCGCACCUUGCGAUGAGGUGGCCAACGAGGUGACCCGGAAGGGAGGUGGGCAAGGGAAAUAUCUGGGCAUUCCCUCCACCCCGUUGGUAGCACGGCGGCACUUUUCAUGGCCCCGUGGAGCGAACUCGGAAUGCUUCGCCUGUCGCUUGCAUCCGCAGGGUACGGCUGACACCCGGGAAGCUGGGGUAGAAGGCUCUACCCUUUCGUUAGAAUAGCUACGGGAUGCGUCGGCACAACUUUCCGAAGGCUUUCGUUUAACCGAUAAGUUUUACGCUUUCUGAUUUGCCAACAGUGUGAUUUAGUUGGGAAAUGUAUCUGAAGGGUUGGGAAUUGGUUUGGGAGGGUCGGGGGGGUGACAAGGGGCAUUGGUUAAUCCUUGGCUUGAGACAGGAGGCUGCUGCUUAAUCUCAAAGGCUAUCUCCUUCUGCCGAAGCAGAGCCAAGGUGUGAAAUUAAUCUGCAGUACUCUUUUAUUUAAAAACUUGAAUAAAAACUCAAACUUUUGAGAAA